CCGUGUUUCCGGUUGGGCAGAGCCAGUCGGACCUCAGACUGAAAGAUGGGAGUGAAGCUUUACUACACCACCGUUACCGCCUCUCGCUCGGUGAAGUCCCAGCAGGCCGAGGUGAUCCGGAUCCUGGACAGUAAGAGCAUCGUGUACGAGCUGGUGGACAUUUCUGUGGGGGGGGAAGUCCGGGACGAGAUGAGGAGCAAGUCUGGAGACGCCACGGCCGUCCCCCCCCAGCUGUUCAACGAGGACCAGUACUGCGGGAACUACGAGAUGUUCUCCGAGGCGGUGGAGGCCGACACCGUGGAGCAGUUCCUGAAGCUGGCGUGAGCCGGGUCUCCUCCGGUUCCCUGGACCCCCUGGAGGACCUGGACCCCCCUGGACCCCCCAAACCCCCGUCGGAGGCCCCGCCCCCCCUAACCUCCCCCCUCAACGCCAAGACGAGGGACGCCAAACCUCUCCAAUCAUCUCCGAUCAUCUCCGAUCCGACCAAUCACACGGCACAUUCCCCCCCGGCCACCGCCGGGACUCUAACGUCUUAAUCCUUUUAAAUGUGUCCUUUUUUUCUGUGAUGUUUCUGCUCGCGUCGCCCCGGAAACCGGUCCAGAACCGGUUCCAGGAACCAAUCCGCUCUGUAGGCGUCGGGUCACAUGACGUCUGCAGAUCAAACUAACCGCUGGACGUUUAAUGUUUAACCCAGAACCGAGUCUUAACCAGAACCUGCGUGUUUCUCAGCAGUUUCCUGGUUCCCGUGUUGCCGUGAC